AUGCCCAGUCACUCCCGGACUCGAGACGGCAAUUACCACCGCGAUCGUGCUGAGCGGGAUUAUUACUCUCGUCAUCGACGAUAUAAUAAAGACGAUCGACUUCGGGGCGAGGAGGUCGAGGUUGAGGUUGAUGAUCCACGGAAUGAAUAUGAUCGCCGUCGAUAUGAGCGUUCUAUUCCGCGACGUGGUCAAUCCCGGGGCUACGAGACGGUAGAAGUUGAGGAAGAAGAAGAUGAGGAGGAGGAAGAGGAGGAGGAGGAGGAGGAGGAAGAAAUAGUUGAUAAUUCGCGAUCGCGGCACAGAUCGGUUCCACGACGAGUACCAGAAUACGAUGACCCGCCUCGUACACCCCGACGAUCGAGACCUGAAAUGCAAGACAGAUACAGAGAUGAAUAUAAUAGUAGACAACGGACGAGAGACAAAACACCAAAAGCAAAAGAGUCUCCCGCAACGUCGCCAAAGAAGAAACUAGAUCGUGAGGGGUAUAGGAGGAAUACGGGUCGAGCUCCGCAAGGAAGUCCAGUGAGAGAACGGAGACACCGGCACAGAUACGAAGAGGAUAUCAGAGUGGUUGGUGAUCAAGAUCGGACUCGGGAUAAACAUCGAGACAGGGAAUUGCGCAGACAGCAGCGUUGCAAGGAACGUCGCGAUCGGGAAGAUGCUGCCCAGAAACAUACGAGUACAGAAUCGACGAAUAGUGCGUCGCAAUUGCUUAGUGCUGAUGCGCUGGCUAAAUUGAAUGACUAUUAUGAACGGGAACGAAUGAGAACGCCGAAGCAACAGAAUGAUGAUGAGAAUAAUGAGCGAAGGGAACGGCGACGGCAGAGGACGAGGGAUGUCGCUGCUGUGGAAGACGAGGAUGAUCGCAUUCGGGUCGAGAAGAGGAGAGAGCGCCGACGGCCGCCGUCACAACAACCGGAACAAAGAGCUGAUUAUCGUAGAGAAAAGAAGGCAUUUUAUGAUGACGAUAAUGAUACUGAGCUUGUAUCACCCCGUCAUAACCAGAAACGUCGACUUGUCUCUGGCGCACUGAUGGAAGAAGGUCGGAGCAACAAGUUAUCGUUCUGGAAACGUUUCGGUCGUCGCAAUGAUCUAGCGGACGAAAAAGUUGUUGACGACGAUGGUGAUGACGGCCAUGGAGGCGGCGGUGGCUCUUUCUACAGUCGAGAUCUUAAGGAACCCCGCGACGAUGAUUAUGAUCACGUACCGUUCUGGCGGCGGAAGCGCAACCUGAUUAUAGCUGGAGUGGUCGUAUUACUUCUUGCUAUUAUCAUACCCGUUGCGGUUGUUGAGUCGAGAAAGAAAAGUAUCACCUCAUCAUCUGGUGGUAGUGGUGGAAGCUCAUCGUAUGGUCCACUAAAUGGCAGUUUGUCCUCUAUCUCGGAGGAUAGCAUUCCAGCGUCGGCAAAGGGGACAAUUCUAGAUCCAUUUACAUGGUAUGAUACACGAGACUUUAACCUCACUUACACCAACGAAACAGUCGGCGGACUACCACUCAUGGGCCUUAAUUCAACAUGGGACGACUCUGCACAACCAAACAGCAAUGUGCCACCCCUGAACAAAGAGUUCUCAUACGGAACUAUGCCUAUCCGAGGAGUCAACAUUGGAGGAUGGCUAUCAAUUGAGCCGUUCAUCACACCAUCAUUUUUCUCUAGGUACCCCGUUACAGACGGGGUCAUCGACGAAUACACAUUGACACAGAAACUUGGAUCUGCCGCGGCUGCUACCAUAGAACAGCACUAUGCCACAUUCAUUCAGGAAGAAGACUUUGCCGAAAUCGCGGCUGCAGGACUGGACCAUGUUCGAAUCCCGUAUUCAUAUUGGGCUGUGACCACGUACGAGGGUGAUCCAUACGUCAAACAAAUCUCAUGGCGGUAUCUGCUACGGGCUAUUGAGUACUGCCGCAAAUACGGACUGCGAGUCAAUCUCGAUCUCCACGGUCUUCCGGGGAGUCAAAAUGGAUUCAAUCACAGUGGACGACAGGGAUUGAUCAGAUGGUUGAACGGAACGGACGGAGCCUUGAACGCUCAACGAUCCCUCGAUGUCCACAAUCAACUCUCUCAAUUCUUCGCACAACCUCGUUACAAAAACAUCAUCACCAUCUACGGCCUAGCUAAUGAGCCGCCGUUACUAUCCAUUGACAUCUCCACGGUCCUCAACUGGACAGUCCAAGCCACGGAGAUUGUGCAAAAGAACGGAAUCAAAGCCAAGAUAUCCAUGGGAGACGGAUUCUUGAAUCUUGAUAAAUGGCAAUUCAUGAUGAAGGACAAUGUGCCACCGAACCUGCUGCUGGAUACGCAUCAGUAUACCAUUUUCAACAUCAAUGAGAUUGACCUUAAUCAUACAGCCAAGAUCGAUUUGAUCUGUAACUCGUGGCUGCCAAUGAUUCGAAAGGUCAAUAGCACGACAAAUGGAUUCGGCCAAACAAUCUGCGGCGAAUUCUCCCAAGCAGAUACAGACUGCACCCAAUACCUCAACAACGUCAACACCGGCACCCGCUGGGAAGGCACUCUAUCCGGUAGCACAACUGCCUACUGUCCCACAGCAAAGGGUACCACCUCCACCAACCGAGGCAGUACCUGCAGCUGCGCCUCCGCCAACGCAGACGUCAGCGGAUUUUCCUCAGAGUACAAACUGUGGCUUCAAACAUACGCCGAAGCACAAUUCUCCGCGUUCGAGUCUGCUAUGGGCUGGUUUUAUUGGACAUGGCAGACUGAAUCGGCGCCACAAUGGAGUUAUAAGCAGGCGAGACAAGCCGGGUUUAUGCCUGAGUUGGCUUAUAAGCCUAAUUUUACGUGUGGGAGUGCAGUGCCGAGUUUUGGGGCGUUGCCGGAGUAUUAUUAGCCUUGAAGCUUUUUGCAAGACUUUCUUGUUGUCUUUUUCGUUAAUAUACCUUGUUCCUUUCCCAUCGAGCAAAAGCACCAUAUGCAAGGGCUUUUUGGUGUGGAGUACGUUGAUUCAAGCGAUUUACAUAUAAUUCAUGAUACCUGACCACAUCGGAAGGCAUAACAGAAACUUAACUUAUUCUUCCAAUGGAUGUUUCUUGUCUUGAUCAUUCGUAUUCUUCUAUAUGUACAAUUGGUAUAAUAUAUAUGUACACACUCUCUCUCAUGACUCGUAUGCUUUACAGUGUAUGCUAAAGCCAAAAAGACGAGGACUGAAAAGGGCCAAAAAAGGGCCAAAAACACAAUGCAAAUGGAAAGAGUAUCCAACAAAGCUAAAUGGGAAUAAAAAGCAAAAUACGACGCGAUGACCAAACUCCGGUCCUGCUUUUUGUCGUAAAGGCGUACACAUGUGUGUGUAUAUGAUAAUGGGAAAUGCCAUUAGUGUAAAAAAAAAAAAACACGUGGCUAGCUCGUGAGUUGGUUCCAAUUAGGGAACAAGGGAAGGAAGCGAUGAAUUGGAAGGUUGUGGGAGGGAGGACAAAGUUCUCUAAUGUCGUAAUAAAGCCUGUCAAGAGCUGGAGCGAUAGCUGGAUCGAGCAGAGAUUAUGCCAAAAGGUAUGGCCGCGCUAGAAGGACUCUAGCCAAAGGAUCAUAGUCAAGCGGUUGCGGGAUCAACUCGCCUCAGUUUUAACCUCUGCGAUCUUUGACCGGUCAAACCAGCCACCGUGCUCCCAGUUACCAGGCAAAUAAGUAAGUGCUUUCCUUUCACUAUAAGCCUGUAGGCCAGAGAGUAUAGCAUUGACUCGCUUAAAGUCGAUCGGCUUCAUAAUGUAUCCAUCGAAUCCAGUGUCAAUGUACUUUUGGACAUCUUUCUCGACAAGUGAUGCUGAGACUGCGAAUAUAGGGACUCGGCCAAGGGGUUUGGCUUUGUCGGAUACUUGGACAUCGUGAGAGGAUUGCUCGAAUUUGCGUAUCAUCUCCGUUGAGUCCA